GCUUGUUUUCGGUUGGUCUACGCCUUGCAAACUGAGGGGCUGCGAUUGGCCCGGGAGGCACAGCCAGCUCACACAGCUUCUGGAGUGCGGAAGAAAGAUCUGGAAGGUUCUGGAGGUGGAGCUGAGUGUAUAGAAGAGACGGGCUGGGGUUGGUCUGGAGUACAGAGGUGACUACGAUCGGUGGACGCAGCUGUCCGUGCGUUUUGUAUACAUUCACCUGUAAUCCCCUUCCACCAGCAUGGGUAAGGAUUACUACAAGAUCCUUGGACUGUCAAAGGGGGCGUCAGAGGAGGAUAUAAAGAAGGCCUACAGAAAACAAGCGCUGAAGUUUCACCCCGAUAAGAAUAAAGACCCCGGAGCCGAGGAGCGAUUCAAGGAGAUCGCAGAGGCUUACGAUGUACUCAGCGAUCCGAAGAAGAGGGAGGUGUUUGACAAAUAUGGAGAGGAGGGCCUAAAGGGAACCCCGGGUGGCGGAGGAUGCGCGAACAAUGGUCCCUCUUUCAGUUACAGCUUCCAUGGAGAUCCUCAUGCCAUGUUCUCAGAGUUUUUCGGAGGCCGUAACCCAUUUGACAACUUCUUUGCACGAAAUGAUGAAGACAUGGAGACGGAGGAUCCCUUCUCAGGGUUUCCCAUGGGAGGUAUGGGAGGCAUGGGUGGUUUUGGUCACCUAGGUGGCUUCCCAAGAGGUGCUCCAGGCCGAGGUCCACCGAUGAACAAGAAACAAGACCCACCAGUAAUCAGGGAGCUCCCAGUCUCCCUUGAGGAAAUUUUCACCGGCUGCACAAAGAAAAUGAAGAUUUCCCACAAGCGCCUGGGUCCCGAUAUGAGAAACGUACACAACGAGGAUAAAAUCCUCACUAUUCAAGUGAAGAAAGGCUGGAAGGAAGGAACGAAGAUCACAUUCCCCAAGGAGGGUGACGAAACGGCAUCUAAUAUCCCUGCAGAUAUUGUGUUUGUGCUGAAAGACAAACCACAUUCAGUGUUCAAGAGAGAUUCAUCAAACGUGGUGUACACAGCCAAGAUCAGCCUGAGAGAGGCUCUCUGCGGCUGCUCAGUCAAUGCUCCCACGUUGGACGGACGCACUAUUCCUCUUGUCAUUAGGGACAUUAUCAACCCUGGGACCAAACGCAAAAUUCACGGAGAAGGACUUCCACUGCCAAAAGCACCAGAUCAGCGAGGCGAUCUGAUCGUAGAGUUUGACAUCCGCUUUCCUGAUCGCCUUUCCACUGCUGCUCGGGAGACACUAGAGAGGGUUCUACCCGCGUAAUGUCAGCACAACUCUCCAACGCACCAUAGACCAAAGCGGUACUGAAGGGUGCAACAAACGCCUUCAUUACCAAUUCAGCUGGAAAAAGAAGGGGGCAGCUCUCACUACAAGGACGUAUUGUAUACCAUGAUGUACAUUUUUAUUUUUUUUCCUCCUAAUCUCUCGCUCUCCCUUCUCCACACUAUAUAUAAUGGAGGAAAGAAGCUACACUUAAAGUCUGAAGAGUUUUUCUGAGCAUUUUUAUUACAGGUCCCCUCUUCUGUUCACCAACAACCUUGAGCUGACCAUACAUUAUCCAAUUUUCUUAUUCCAUUUCCUUUAGAUUUAUCUUCAACUAUGUAGUGUAAGACACCUUUCACACU